AUGGACGUGGGUUGUUUUGCCAUUAAAGUAACACUGUUAUUUCUUUCUUUUGUUGUGCACCAUAGAGGAAUUGCACGAGGUGGUGGAUGUGAUCUCUAUGAAGGGAAAUGGGUUCAUGAUGAAUCAUAUCCUCUCUACGAUACAUCACAAUGUCCCUUCAUAGAGAAGGAGUUCGAUUGUCUAAAGAAUGGUCGACCAGACAAAGACUAUCUCAAGUAUAGAUGGCAGCCCAAUGCAGUUAAAGGGAAGAGCAUCAUGUUCGUGGGAGAUUCGCUGAGUUUGAACCAAUGGCAGUCACUCACUUGCAUGCUUCAUGUAGCUCUACCACACGCUAAAUAUAGCUCAGUCAGGACAGGAGGGCUGUCCACUUUCACUUUUCCAGCAUAUGGGGCUAAAGUGAUGUUCUCUCGCAAUGCAUUUCUAGUUGACAUUGUAAGCACAAACCAUGGGGCUGCUCUGAUGCUCGACUCCAUUGAAGGUGGAAAUUUAUGGAAAGGAAUUGAUGUUUUGGUCUUCAACACAUGGCAUUGGUGGCUUCAUAGAGGGAGGCAACAACCAUGGAAUUUUAUUCAAGUUGGGAAAGCUACUUACAGAGACAUGGAUCGGUUGGUAGCAUACGAGAAAGCCUUGAGUACAUGGGCUAAAUGGGUUGAGAGCAAUGUAGAUCCAGCAAAAACCAAAGUCUUCUUUCAAGGAGUUUCUCCAGAUCACAUGAAUGGAAGUGAUUGGAGAGAGCCGAAUGCAAAGAACUGCGAGGGACAGAAAGAACCAUUCUUCAAUAAGAGGGGCAAUUACAAGUACCCAGCAGGACCUCACCCAGCACAACUGGUUGUUGAGAAAGUAAUAGGUGCAAUGUCAAAGCCAGUGCACUUGCUUGAUGUCACAACCCUGUCGCAGCUAAGAAAAGAUGGCCAUCCCUCAGUCUAUGGCCAUGGUGGGCACAGGGAUCUGGACUGCAGCCAUUGGUGUCUUGCUGGGGUUCCUGAUACUUGGAAUCAACUUCUAUAUGCAGCUCUUCUUAAAAGCUAUUUAAAACCAGCUAGCUAG